GUAUAAUCUCAUUAAACGAAGCGGAAAAUCUGUGGGAAAAUAGUAGUGAAAAUAAUUAGCAGGAAAAGUUUAUCGUUUACUGUUAUAAAUCAUCUAAGAUGUGCGACAGUAAUACUGAUCAACCCAACGAGUUUACAUCUCUAAAGCAAGAUAUGGCGAAGAACGAUCUCUCAGAAAAUUCAAAAGAGCAAGCAAAAAAGUCAGAAUGGAUUCAGAUUGCUUGCAGUUUAAUGGCAAAUGCUACAGUAUUAUCUUCAGGCAUGGGACUUGGAUUUCCAGCAAUUACACUUGAAGAGCUCAGAAGGGAAGAUAAUCCAAUGAGAUUGAAUGACGAGCAAGCUAGUUGGUUUGCGUCCUUGAAUACGCUUAUUUGUCCACUUGGGGGAAUCUUAUCAGCAACUAUUCUCGAUCAAAUCGGACGGCGUUUUACGCUUGUGCUUAUCAAUAUACUAGCGAUAAUUUCAUGGGGACUUAUGUAUUUUUCAUCACAAACUGACUUUGAUCAAAUGUUCUGGCAAAUUCUACUGGGUCGAUUUUUGAUAGGUGUUACGAUUGGCUUAUCUAGUUCACCCGCAGCAGUUUAUUCUGCAGAAAUAGCAACACCAAAAUUACGUGGUCGACUCACAACGUUUACUAGUUUGGCUAUUGCGGUUGGAAUUUUGAUGAUUUACACUUUGGGCUUUAUUUUUCCGGACGAUUGGCGAAAAGUUGCUGGAAUUUCAGCAAUAUUUAGCAUAUUUACACUGGGCCUCAUUUAUUUCAUGCCAGAAUCACCAUCGUGGCUCAUCAGUAGAGGACGCACGGAUGAAGCACGUAAAGCACUUGCUUAUAUACGAGCCAUUAAGCAUGAUGAAUUGUACACAAGUGAGAUAUUAAAUGAGGAAAUGCAGCGGUUUUAUGAUCAAAUCAAUUCACGAAAUAACUGUGAAAAUGAUAGCUUAUGGAGCAUUUUGAAGCGCCCGGAAAUUUAUAAACCGCUUGCCAUUAUCAAUGCAUUUUUCGCCUUCCAGCAAUUUUCCGGUACAUUUGUAGUUGUCGUAUAUGCAUCGCAAUUUGCAGAGGAGGCUGGUUCUGGAAUUGAUAAAUUUUUAUGUACCGUACUUAUAGGAAUUGCACGAGUUAUUGCUACAAUCAUUUUAGCAUACUUUAUAUUAGAUAGAUAUGGUAGAAAGCCACCAUCAAUUUUCUCUGGCAUAGGAAUGACAAUUUCUAUGCUAAUAUUGGCCGUCUAUUCAUCAUCAUUCGCCCAGAACUUGCCAUACGCCAAUUGGAUUUCAACAUUUUGUCUCCUCGCUUACAUUACAACGAGCACUUUUGGCUUCUUAACGAUCCCAUUUGCAAUGUUACCGGAGCUUUUUCCACAACGUGUACGCGGUGUAACAGCAGGCAUGACUGUUUGUGUCGCAUACUUUAUGUCAUUUAUCGCUAUUAAGUCAUAUCCAUCUAUGCUUGAUUUUAUGGGAAAUAAUGGAGUAUUUCUUCUUUAUUCAAUUGUAUCAUUGUUUGGUACGAUUUUCGUUUAUUUGCUUCUGCCCGAAACGAAAGGAAAGACACUGCAGGAAAUCGAAAACUUAUUCAAGCGACAGAUUUCAAAUUCAGCGGAAAAAGUAUAGCUAUAUAUGUUUUUGUGCAGAUCCUAGGGGAUUGCAGAAUAUCUGAAAUUGUCGAAACAAUUAUUAUUAUUUUUUUAGGAACUGAUAGUUAAGUUUUGAACCUAGUUAUAAAUUUGGAUACUCUUGGAUAUUCC